CGGCGGUGGCGCGGCGCGGCCAUCCCCGGGCGCCGCAUCGCUGCGUGCGCGAAGCCGCCCGCUGCAGCCGGCAGGAUGAUCGCUGCCCAGCUCCUGGCCUACUACUUCACGGAGCUGAAGGAGGAUCAGGUCAAAAAGAUUGAUAAAUACCUUUACGCCAUGCGGCUCUCGGACGAAACGCUGAUAGACGUCAUGGCUCGCUUCAGGAGGGAGAUGAAGAACGGCCUCUCCAGGGAUUUUAACCCAACGGCUGCAGUGAAGAUGCUGCCUACAUUUGUCAGGUCCAUUCCUGAUGGGUCAGAGAAAGGAGAUUUCAUUGCACUAGAUCUUGGAGGCUCUUAUUUCCGAAUCCUGCGGGUGAAAGUAUCUCAUGAAAAGAAGCAAACGGUACAAAUGGAAAGUGAAAUUUAUAAUACACCUGAAGACAUCAUGCAUGGCAGUGGAACACGGCUUUUUGACCAUGUUGCUGAAUGCCUGGGGGACUUUAUGGAGAAGCAACAAAUCAAAGACAAGAAGCUACCAGUUGGGUUCACGUUUUCUUUCCCCUGUCGACAAUCCAAGCUAGAUGAGGGUAUUCUGAUCACCUGGACAAAGCGCUUCAAAGCAAGCGGAGUGGAGGGAGCAGAUGUCGUGAGGCUGCUUAACAAGGCCAUCAAGAAACGUGGGGACUAUGACGCAGAUAUCAUGGCUGUUGUGAAUGACACUGUGGGGACAAUGAUGACCUGUGGUUUUGAUGACCAGCGCUGCGAAGUUGGCUUGAUCAUUGGCACUGGCACCAAUGCCUGUUACAUGGAGGAGAUGCGGCACAUCGACCUGGUGGAAGGGGAUGAGGGCAGGAUGUGCAUUAACACGGAGUGGGGAGCCUUUGGAGAUGACGGCUCGCUAGAAGACAUCAGGACCGAGUUUGACCGAGAGAUUGACCGUGGAUCCCUUAAUCCUGGGAAGCAGCUGUUUGAGAAGAUGGUCAGUGGGCUGUAUAUGGGGGAGCUGGUAAGGCUCAUCCUGGUGAAGAUGGCCAAGGAGGGGCUGCUCUUUGAGGGGAGGAUCACCCCUGAGCUUCUCACCAAAGGGAAGUUUGAGACAAAGCACGUUUCUGCCAUAGAAAAGAGCAAAGAAGGUUUGAACAAAGCCAAAGAAAUUUUAACGCGCCUGGGGGUGGAGCCGUCCCACGAGGACUGCAUCGCUGUCCAGCACGUCUGCACCAUCGUGUCCUUCCGCUCAGCCAACCUGGUAGCCUCUACCCUGGGUGCCAUCCUCAACCAGCUGCGGGACAACAAAGGGGUCGGCCGCCUCCGGACCACCGUAGGGGUUGAUGGCUCCCUCUACAAGAUGCAUCCACAGUACGCCCGGCGCCUGCACAAAACCACCCGGCGCUUGGUGCCCGACUCGGAGGUGCGGUUCCUGCUGUCGGAGAGCGGCAGUGGGAAGGGAGCAGCCAUGGUGACAGCGGUGGCCUAUCGGCUGCUGGAGCAGCACCGCCUCAUCGACGAGACCCUGGCUGAGUUCAAGCUCACUCAUGAGCAGCUGCUGCAGGUGAAGAAGAGGAUGAGGGCAGAGAUGGAAGCGGGGCUGAAGAAGAAGACUCACGAGACUGCCAAAGUGAAGAUGCUGCCCACUUUCGUCCGCAGCACGCCGGAUGGGACAGAGAAUGGAGACUUUCUGGCACUUGACCUUGGAGGAACAAACUUUAGAGUUUUGCUGGUGAAAAUCCGUAGCGGUAAGAGGAGAACAGUGGAGAUGCACAACAAGAUCUAUGCCAUUCCCAUAGAGGUGAUGCAGGGAACAGGAGAAGAGCUGUUUGAUCACAUUGUUACCUGCAUUUCUGACUUCCUGGAUUACAUGGGGAUAAAAGGCGCACGUCUUCCUCUUGGCUUCACGUUCUCCUUCCCUUGCAAGCAGACCAGUCUGGAUGCUGGUAUCCUUCUCAACUGGACAAAAGGCUUCAAAGCUACAGACUGCGAGGGAGAAGAUGUGGUGUAUUUGCUUAGAGAAGGAAUUAAGAGAAGAGAGGAGUUUGACUUGGAUGUGGUGGCUGUGGUGAAUGAUACAGUGGGCACAAUGAUGACUUGUGCUUAUGAAGACCCAAACUGUGAAAUCGGACUCAUUGUGGGAACUGGCAGCAAUGCCUGCUACAUGGAAGAGAUGAGGAACAUAGAGAUGGUGGAUGGUGAGCAAGGACGGAUGUGUGUGAACACCGAGUGGGGAGCGUUCGGGGAUAACGGCUGCCUGGAUGACAUCAGGACAAUAUAUGACAAAGCAGUUGAUGACUACUCACUAAAUGCUGGAAAGCAAAGGUAUGAGAAGAUGAUCAGUGGGAUGUACCUGGGGGAAAUAGUCCGCAACAUUCUGAUCGACUUCACCAAGCGAGGCUUCCUGUUCAGAGGCCAGAUUUCAGAGACGCUGAAGACCAGGCACAUCUUUGAAACCAAGUUCCUUUCUCAGAUUGAGAGCGACAGGUUAGCCUUGCUGCAGGUACGAGCCAUCCUCCAGCAGCUGGGCCUCAACAGCACCUGCGAUGACAGUAUCAUUGUCAAGACCGUGUGUGGAGCAGUGUCAAGGAGAGCAGCUCAGUUGUGUGGUGCAGGAAUGGCUGCUAUUGUAGAUAAAAUUAGGGAGAACAGAGGAUUAGAGCGCCUGGAGAUAACGGUUGGUGUGGAUGGGACUCUGUACAAACUACAUCCACACUUUUCAAGGAUCAUGCACCAAACUGUCAAAGACCUGGCACCCAACUGCGACGUGACCUUCCUGCUGUCGGAGGACGGCAGCGGGAAAGGGGCAGCGCUCAUCACAGCGGUGGGGUGCAGGCUCCGCGAUGCCGAGCAGAACUGAACUCCGCAACCCUGGCCCCCGAUUCUGUCUUGUGAGCACUUUCUCAUAAAGCAGCGACUGCAUAGUCAGAACUGGUAAAGACCCAGAACUCACUGCUUUAUCGGGGAAAAGAGAAUACAACUAAUGACAUAAAAACUAGGAUACAAGAUAGAAUGUGUGCUGUUAAUAAUAUCUCCUGUUUCUGGACCCCAAUCUGCAUGUUUCUUAUUCACCUUGUUGGUACCUUCCCCAUCUGUAGGUCAUGGAAAAAAAACCAACAAAACCCAAACAAAACCAAAACCCAACCGUCUAUAAUUUCUGCAGCUGUCAAAACUCGGUUGUUGUCUGAGGUGAAAUUGCCCCCAAGUGAUGUGCGUUGAGAGCUACCGUUGCAUCGUACCACACAUGUCCUUUGCAGCACCCCUGUCAGGCGCACUGCCAGCACGCUGACCACCAGACCUGGGUGUUGAUGCUUUUUAGUGGAGGGGAAACAACAGUUCCCUCCUGCAUAUCUACCUGCUGUUGUUUGGUCCAAAGCAAUCGUGAAAACGUUGCCGGUGCGUCAGCGCCCUGCACGCACGUAACUCUGUUAGUGGGACUUGGCAGCACGACUUACUCGCUUCCUUGAUGCCUGUGUUGUCAUGGUAGAAGUGAAUGCCCUUGUCCCACAGAUCUGGUGCCACUGGUAUUUCCCAUUGCUUCUGUGAGUAGUGCUGUGUUACUGGGUGAAAAUUAACCUGUCAUGUUGCAGACGGAGAUCCAUGGAGAGUAAAGCAAAGUGGUUGGUGAUUGGGGUAAUCCAAAUACCCAGGCCUGGGAAGUCGGUGGAUUUAUGGUCCCUACAUGGGCUGUGCUGUAUUCUUCUGUUUAAGAGUUAUUACACAAAAAAGACCCAGUGUUAUUCUAUCUCUUCUUGUUAGUGUAGAUCAGGGCCCUGCAGCUGCCCUCCUCCUGACUCUGCAGCUGGACGGGGUCACUCGGACUGUGUGCUUCCGUCUCUCGCCUUAAAUGGGUGUUUGAUUCCUCACAAAGCUUUAACCUUUACCACCGUCAAGCAGCCACUGAAAACACUCAGCUACAGCUAAAUCAUCAGAAAGGAAUAAGAGGGUUCGCUUUUGGCCCUGCCUUUGAGGUCCUGGGUGUUAAACUAAACAAGCCACAAAGCCAAAAUCAGACCCGGCUUAUUCCGAGGCCUAAAGCGACAAUGAAGAUCAUAUAAACACUUGGUGUAUCCUGUCCUCUGUCAAGUCGAUGCCAUUAUUCUACCAGUUGCAGUACUGAAAUUGAGAACAGUUAGGAAGGCAAAUGUCACAACACUUUCUGCAAAGAGGGAGACCACACAGUAAGUCCUUAAUUCCCACUCUUCCACCAAAAAAAGGAAUUUAAGCUGUCUGCAUGGUUUUCCCUGCUGCCUUGUCCUGCAGGAAGUAGAUGGAAAUUUGUGGGCUACUCCUCUUUGUCCUCGUUCCACUCCCCUCUAAGAUUUGGAUUGCCCUGUCGAUAACAUUUCAAUAUGCAUUAUGGUGCACUGUGAGUGAGUGUUUGUAAAGUAACCUGUGAGUCACAAACAGUCAUUGCAGCUUUAAGUGUGUGUCUACCUGAACAAUUGCAUGCCUAACUGGUUUUGCAAAGGUAGAGAGUCUUUUUACUUUGCACACUAGUAGCUCCAGUACUAGUGCUACGUGAUCCUUGUGAAAAUAUUAAACUUUUUUUGAUGUGUGUUAACUGGUGUUUAGUGGUUCUUUCUGGAAGAGGUGCUGUUGGCUGGUGGCUUUAGUGCUUUGGGAAGAGCUAUUGUGUAGGGAGAGCUGCAACCUAAUCCCAGUGGUGCCUGUGUUUUGUGUGUGUGUUUUCAUUCCCGGGCAUUCAGGGUCAGAUUCAAACAGUGUGGCUUUCACCCAGGUCCCCAUGCCUCGUUUUUCCUAAUGUGGUUCAGCAGAGGCACAGAGCUGACAGCGUCCAAAUCUCAGGGGCAUGUAGUUUGUCUGGGUGCAUCUGCUGCCCAGGGGCCUGCAGCGCAGGAAGACCUCAGCCCACUGCACCAAAUCCAGUGCGAUUAUGCGAUACACAGUGAUGGAUCCGUUGCGGUCUCUGUGUCCCCACAGAUGCCCCACGUGCAUAGGGUCAGUGUUUGCAGAAUCAUGGUGUCAGGUGCUCAGACACUGUGGGUUUGCAAAUCCCCUCUUAGAGUUCUCUACGAAAGCCUCUUUUGCAUACGCUAAAUUUGUGUGUGCUUCUCUGAUAACCCAUUUUGUGUUACAGCUUGAAUAGUCUGAUGUGCAGCUAUGACCCCAAGUAAGAGACAGAAGAAGGUGAGAAACUUUCUGGGCAGAGGGAACACGUUGCAUUUUAGUUGCUUGAAGAUUUGCAAGUCUCAUGCCCUGCUGUUGGCAGCGCUGUAGGGGUGGUGUGAGCCGUGCCUGACGACCUGGGUUUGGAGCUCUUCAGCAGCCGAGGGCUAGGCUCAGUGCAGGAUAGAGUAUGACUGAGGAGGGGAAGUUACACUUGUUCUCAGGGUGACUGUGCAUUUUGGAGAUGCCGGCAUAGGUCGUUUUGUUCAUUGGAUCCAGCUCAUAACAAAUAGGGAGUGAGUUUGUGUUUCUAACAGCGCAACUUUUCCUGCUUGUGCACCGUAGGCAAUGUGCUCCACAAGGCAUGGCAGUUCUUUUCCAAAGGGAGACCUGCUGAAGUUUCUAUUUCCAGACUACUUUUUCCCCCUGGGAAACUGUUCCAAGCGAAUCACAAGCUAUAACCGUCUGAAGAAAUGUCUCCGAUGUUAUCCAGGCAAUGACUGAGAUGUCUCACUUAAAGCUUUUAGGCUUGGCGAAUGAACUCAUGGUCUUCUUAAUUGUUAAGCUGUAACUACUGCAGUAUGAACACAAACAAAGCCUUGUAUUUCCUGGGGAAAAGACCAUUUGCAUACCGCUGUUGUAAUGUCAUCUGCUCCUUACUCCUCGAGGUGCGGGUUCUCUCAGAAGCCUUUUGAAUGGGUUUUAAAACAUGCAGACUUUUCUUUUGUUUUGUUUUCUUAAGAAAAUAGCAGAAGGCAAAAUAAAAGUGUUUCUGAACUUCUGAA